AUGAAGAUAUCCGGUAUCAAAAGGCUAUGCCUGAUUGCAGCUUGCGUCCACGCCGCAGUAGCCGAGCCCGUUGUUCGCACGGGGUUAGAUGUCCUGCGUGGAGCGGACUACAAGCAACUACAAGGGCGCAAAGUCAUCAUCCUGACGAAUCCUACCGGAAUUACCCCUGAGUUUGACUUGGGCGUAGACGUCAUGGCCUCGUCUGGCAAGGUCAACCUUGCUGGGGUCAUGGGCCCUGAACAUGGCUUUCGAGGUACCGCACCGGCCGGGGGGUCGGAGGGCACAUUUACAGAUGAAAAGACUGGUUUGACGGUUUAUGAUGCAUACAACGCCAACACGUCCACCCUGGUGGGGUAUAUCCGAGACUCAGGAGCGGACACGGUUCUCUAUGACAUUCAGGACGUUGGGGCGCGGUUUUACACAUAUACGUGGGCAAUGUAUGACACGAUGGUCGCCGCUGCCCUAUCCAACGUAUCAUACGUUGUUCUCGACCGACCCAACCCCAUAACCGGGCUCAAUGCUUUCGGUCCCGUGCUGGAAGAGAAGUACGCAUCGUACGUCGGACGCCGACCAAUUGCCCAAGCCCACGGUAUGACAUCUGCCGAAUUGGCGCGUAUGUUCGUCGGUGAAGGCUGGAUCAAGGAUGCCGCCCAGGGGGCAAAUUUACGCCUUGACGUCGUUCCAAUGGAGGGAUGGAAGCGAGAGAUGGCAUGGGAAGACACCGGUUUACCAUGGGUCAUGCCUAGCCCUAGUACAUAUGCCAACCCCUCAAACGGCCCUGCUAUACCCGGGACGGGCAUGUUUGAAGGAACCAACCUGUCCGAGGGACGGGGAACUACGCGACCCUUCGAGUUGCUGGGUGCGACGUUCGGUAAUGAGACCUGGGCCAUGCACAUGCGGUCCCUGGAGGUUCCCAAUACGAACUAUCGUUUCGCGUGCUUUAGCCCGACGACUUCCAAAUUUGAAUCGGAAACGGCUUGCGGCGUUCAGACUUAUGUCUCAAUACCAGACCAAGCGGGCUAUGAAGCAUUUGAUCCGGUCUACCUGGGCGUCGCUUUGUUGUCGACAGCCAAGCAGCUUUAUCACAUUCCCAAAAAUGGGACCGCAUUCGAGUGGCUGGCGAAUACCUCUAACAGAAGGCAGUUUAAUAUAGAUAUCCUGGCAGGAAGUCCAUUAAUUCGCGAGGGAAUUGACGCUGGAUUGACACCAGAUGCAAUUAGAGCAAGCUGGAAGGAUGAUUUGGCCGAAUUUAAAGCCCGGAGAGCGAAAUGGUUGCUGUAUUGA